AUGGGUUAUGUAACGCGUAAAUUGAAGAUUUCACUGAAUCCGCAGAAAACUAUUCAAAACCCUUUCAAAGCAAUUUCCACAGCAAAGGUAUCACGAAGGAUAUUACAGGUGCUGCCACUGGAGAACAAAAUGAAGCAUCCGAAAGACAUGGAUGGCUUCAACGGUGUUCUUUCUACGGGCGUUUCCUUGGUAACGUUGAUCUACGCGGCAUGUGGAUUCUACGGCUACAUCACCUAUGGGGAUCAAGUCCAAGGCAGUGUCACACUGAAUCUAUCUGAUACACCAUUGAACUUCUCGGUGAAGUGUAUGUUAUUGUGCGUCGUCUUUUCGAGUUUCCUUAUCCAGCAAUACCCGAUAGUGGAAAUGCUUUGGCCGAUGGCAAAGCGGCCACUACGAGCUCGCAACACCAAACGAGCCUACAUCAUCGCACUCGAGUACCUGUUCCGAUUCUCGAUAGUGUUUGUCGCAUUGGGCUUGGCAUGGUUGAUACCAAAUCUGGACCAGAUAAUCCCGUUGGUUGGUGUGACUGCUGGUAUGCUCCUCGCUCUGGUCCUGCCGGCAAUACUCGAAGUGGUCGUGUUUAUUGAAGAAUGGCGGGCGAAUUUCACCACACUCAGGGUAUCUGUAUAUGUUGGUUUGGGUUGUUUCUAUGCCAUAUUAGGGGUGUAG